AUGACACAGCAGAUGCAGAACCUGCAGCUCUCCAACCCCAGGAAAAACUGCAGCCCAGCAUCACCAAAUGCAGCCAAGCGCCUGUAUCGCAAUCUCUCCGACAAGCUUAAAGGAAGCCAAACAUCCUUCGAUGAAGCUUUCCUGACAGCAAAGAGUGACAAGGAUAGACUGAGGAAGUCAUCACUGUACUUGCAGUGUAAUGAGGCCCUCUUCGACGCUGUUGAGCAGCAGGACUUUGAUGCUGUGCAGCUGCUGCUCAGUCAGUACAGCUUGGAUGAGCUGAAUCUGAACACUCCCAAUGUGAAGGGGCUACUGCCAUUGGAUAUCGCCAUUAUGACCAACAACACUGGUGUCGCUCGGACCCUCUUGAAGGCUGGAGCCAAGGAGAGCCCGCAUUUUGUUAAUGUGGAGACCAGAGCCGUGCACCUGACUAAUCUCAUACAGGAGGCAGAGGACCAAAUGAAUCAUCUGUGCUCAGAGGAUGGAAGUGAUGGACUCAGCCAUGAAAACACAAAGAAGGAGAAACAACUGAGAGCCUGGGAGUGGAGAUACAAACUGUACAAACAGAUGAAAACAGAGUUUGAAUAUGCAGUGGUCCCAGGCUCUCCCACUAACGUCUCUCUCAGUGUAACGAGCACUACUUCACUGACCGUCACCUUUCAUGAGCCACUGAGUAUGAACUCUGGUCUGGUCACCAGAUACAAAGUUGAAUGGAGCAGUUUGAUGGAUUUCUCUGCAGAGUGUGGGGAGAUCACACUAGAGGAUGUCAGCUCCCUGAGAUAUACAAUCCCAGGUCUUGUUAUGGGUCGAGCUUAUUAUGUGCGAGUAUCAGCGGCCAAUAUGAAGGGCUGGGGUCCCCCACAGACUGCCUGUCCAGCAUUUGCUAUUCCUUCCAAUUGGAAAGAGUUUGAUGGAAGGGAGGCCAGAUACAGAGAUCAAACUGAGGUGUUGGAAUGCUUGUUGAAGCAGGUGCGAGUGGAACACCAGAGUUACAAUGCCAAAGAUGGUUCCAGACCAAAAAAUAGCUCUGGCGUUGUUCUGCUGGGAAAUGAAGGCCGCUUGGCUUUGUUCCAGGAGGUCAGUUAUCUCAGCAUCAUUUUCAUCGAACCAGUCCUGGUGACAACGAUGCUCGAAUCCAAUGGUCUGGACACAGGAACCCAUGAGGACUUCACCAAGGAAAAGAUCACAGAAAACUUCAUCUUCACAGAGAUGGCUUUCCCAUCCGGAAUAGGAUCUUGGAUGCGAAGCCAGAACUCUCCAAUUGUAAAACUGAAAGACUCAUGA